AUGCAGAUUCGACGAGUAUGUCAAUUCCAUAAGGAAAAGAUAGUUGGGAAAUUUUGUCAAGAAUCGCGAAUUUCGCUUCAGAUGGUUCCACUAUUGUUCUUUGGGCCUAAACGUCAAAAAUUGACCGUGGCAAAAAAUUCUGCAAUCCUGGGAAAAUUUACUCACAGCAAGCUAGUAUGUCAAUUCCAUAAGGAAAAGAUAGUUGGGAAAUUUUGUCAAGAAUCGCGAAUUUCGCUUCAGAUGGUUCCACUAUUGUUCUUUGGGCCUAAACGUCAAAAAUUGACCGUGGCAAAAAAUUCUGCAAUCCUGGGAAAAUUUACUCACAGCAAGCUAGGAAAAGAUAGUUGAGAAAUUUUGUCAAAAAUCGCGAAUUUAAUCAGAUGAAAAAGAAAAUCCAAAAUAGUGAAGGAAUUAUUUUUAGAACACGAUUCCACUAUUGUUCUUUGGGCCUAAACGUCAAAAAUUCAGCAAUCCUGAGAAAAUUUACUCACAGCAAGCUAGGUUAGUUUACCAUUGUCACCAUGAUAAGUAAUCAUUCAGCAAGUUGUCAAAUCUGACGUAUCUUCCUAUAGGAAAAUAUUUCAAUGCAUAUUCGACGAGUAUGUCAAUUCCAUAAGGAAAAGAUAGUUGAGAAAUUUUGUCAAGAAUCGCGAAUUUCAUCAGAUGUAAAAGAAGAUCCAAAAUAGUGAAGGAAGUAUUUUUAGAAAAGGACUCCACUAUUGUUCUUUGGGCCUCAACGUCAAAAAUUGACCGUGGCACAAAAUUCUGCAAUCCUGAGAAAAUUUACUCAUAGCAAACUAGGUUAGUUCACCAGUGUCACCAUGAUAAGUAAUCAUUCAGCAAGUUGUCAAAUCUGACCUAUCUUCCUAUAGGAAAAUAUCUCAAUGCAUAUUCGACGAGUAUGUCAAUUCCAUAAGGUAAAGAUAAUCGGGAGAUUUUGUCAAGAAUCGCGAAUUUUUUAUCAGAUGUAAAAGAAGAUCCAAAAUAGUGAAGGAAGUAUUUUUAGAAAAUGAUGAUACCGUUGUUGUUUGGGCUGGAACGCCAAAAAUUGAUCCUUGGGACGCAAUUCUCCAAUCCUGAGAAAAUGUUCUCAUGAAAUCGCGAAUUUGGUAUCAGAUAAAAAAUGUUUUGAUGAUGAUUUAUGUUGACUUUUUUUAUGUAAUAAAUGAGUGAUAUUCACUUUGCUCGGAUCUCCC